GAUACAAUGUUCGCGGCGGGUAAAGAGAUAUUUAACGUUGAGGAUGAAUUCGAUGAGGACAUGUGGGACGAUUCGGCGCUCAUAAGAAACUAUGAGAGAGCUUAUGAAGCUAGCAGAAGAGAGCUGAUGAUGAGACGUAAAGAAGGUUCUAGAAAGAAGAUGAACUGGAAUAUUGGAGAUGCCUGUAGAUAUCUAGAUGUAUCCGACGGUAUGGAAUACGAAGGAAGCAUUGUCCAGAUCACAGCUAGGACUGCAGUUGUACGUGUACACGGAUACAAGCAUGAAGAGGAGUUAAGUUUACAAGAUCUUGAACCUAGUUUAGGACAAUACGAGAUACAACAUCAGAUACAACAAGCAGAACUUAUUAAGGCUUCUGGGAUAGAGGAGGAACCGUUUACAGGAGAUAUCAAGGUCGGGGAAUAUUGUAGAGCAAGGUGGUCCCUGGAUGAAUGUGUAUAUGAGGGAAUUAUAGAGUCUGUAAACCUAAAGAAGAACAGAAUUAAAGUCAAGUUUAUCGGAUACGAUAACGAGGAUACUGUAGGGUUGGAUCAGCUGUACUCGUCCCGUGGAGAGGACUGGAGAGACCAGCAGAUUGAGGACGCUGCCUAUGAUCUCUCCGAGGACAUAACUAAACUUAUAGAAGAUAGUUCCGAGGUUUUCUCUCAGAUUUCAGAUAUCCAGAGCUUUGAUAAGCUUGCAAUUACUGAGAACAAAGAAAACAAACAACCAGCAGAGAAAAAAGAGAAAAAGAAAAAAUCUGAACAAGAGAAAAGUAAAAAGAAUAAAAAAGAGAAGGAGAAGCGGAAGGAUAAGAUUCAACCUGAAGAUACUCCUAAUAUCCCGUUCUCCGAACCUCUAGAAUAUCCGUUUGAUCUCAACUCAGAACAUCCUUUCCCUGAUCUAUCUCAGUUUAACUCAGAUUUGGGGGAUGGAUUUCCGUCUAUGCCACAUCUACCCGGAGCAUUUCCUUCCCAACCUAACUUAGAGAGAGAGUAUCAAAAACCUCCUGCAAAUUCUCAGACAGUAUUUCCUUCUCUUCUUAUUCCUCCGCCUCCUCCUCCUAAUCCGUUCCUAGCUCAGGGUUCCGACUCAGCCCAACAUGAUGAGGUUUUACAGUCAAUGCUUGUAUCCUGGUAUAUGGCUGGAUAUCAUACAGGGUUCUACCAAGCUUCAAAUCAGAAAAAGCAGAAGAGAAAAAAACAGUCCGACUAGUUGUCAAUUGUUUUAAAUAUAUUUUUAUAAUUUACAAA